UCACACUUGGCAGGCAGCUCCAGCCCAAAGAGGCUGCGCCCACAUUCCCUGGCUGUUCUCCAGUCCGCGGGAGCCGAGACAACAAGGUCCCGGGACUGUGAAGGCAGAGCAGAGGCUGCCGAAGGGGAGGAAGCAGCAAGGAGCUGCCGAAUGGAAGGACCGUCCAGCUUCCAGAUGCUAGGCCUCGUGGGUUUGAUCAUUGGUGCUGCUGUGGCCAUCCUCCUGCUGCUGCUGCUGGCCGCCUGCCUGUGCCGCGGACAGCAGGACCUCCGGGUGGAUGUGGAGAGGAACCGACCGGCCGCCAGGAGAAACCGCGUCCGCUGGGCCCAGCCUUGCUUCUUCCCGCGCCAGGGCCACCUGGGACACCUUCGCCACUUCCAUCAUCCUGGCCACAAGUCUCACACGCACCAUGCGGGCCUCCACCACCACCACCUCCACCAGCACCACGCCCACCACCACGCCCACCAUGCCCACCGAGGCCGCCGCUGACACCUGUGAAUGGCAGCCCAGGCCUGCCCUACCUACUGUCCCUGGGACUCUGGACUUGUGGGCCCCUGUGCUCCCCUGCAGAGGGGCGCCUCUCUGCAGGAAACGCUGGGGAGGGUGCCCUGCUCCUACUGGGCUGCUUCUGCAUACUAUGCCCCCGGGUACGAUGAGGAGAGAACCGAGGGCCACUGGGGGUGGCCCUGCGCACACUGGAGGGUAACGGGGUGAGAGCAGGGGUCUCCUUUGGGGACAGAUGUCGCCUGGUGCCUGUAACACCCAGGGAAUGUCGGUGCACGUGGAUGCACAGAAGAUGUUCAGGGCUUUCUGAAGGGCUGUCUUCCGACGUACUGGCCAGGGGGCUAGCUGGGAGGGCCGGAAAUGCCCUUGUAUUUGGAGAGAAGGCAAUAUGAGGCUGCAAGGUCAAUUCACUUAUGCCUUGAUGCAAGAAAAUAAAACGCGCUAAGAAGCUUUCAUGAAGAGGCUCCUGACUAAUACAGGUGGGAGAGGGAGCAGCCAGGCGUUAUGUCUGCACAGCCCUGGGACCUUCGUCUCUGACAAGAAGUGAAUGCUUGACACAGGUGCCUUCUGCCUGGUGCUGGAGGGCCAGUUGUGCGCUGGGGGAACCUGGGCGGGACCUGUGGUGCUCCAAGGGUAGUAGGGAAAGAAAGCUCCAGACCCAGGCUCUGAGGGAGGAUUUAGGGUUUGCAUGUGGCCCCGCCCAGAGAGGGCUCUCUGUGUACCAGGGGGAGCUCUGGGCCUCUGUGGGACAGUCCAGGGGCUCAGGGAGAAGAGGGAUGAGGCCACCCAGGCUGGCCCCCAAGGGCUCCAGAGAUCUUCCCAGCCCAUCUCCAGGGCAGACUGAGCUCUGGGACCUGCAGAAGCCCCACUUCCCGGGCCGUGUUGAAUUAAAUAUUUCCUUGGUAACUGGGUCAGGGUUUCUUAUCCAAGCUUUGAGUCUCCAGCUCCCUGUGCUCAUGGAUGCCUGUGUAUACCAGAGGGGUGGAGAGGUUCUUUAACUGGAGGAGGUGGUGCUAGGUGGCCUUGGGAGAGUGCUUGCCUCCUCGGGAUCUCAGUUUCCUCAUCCCUAAAAUGGGAGAGCAGAGACUCCUUCUUGGGAAAGCCUGGAGGCAUGUUUCAAAUAUCCCAUGAAUAGCUGGCAGAAUUCCACAGGGAGGAAGGAAAUCUUGUUCUGAGGCCUAAGCCUGUGCUUGGGUGGGAAGUGGAGGGAGGAGAGCCUUGGGGGCCAGGAGGGGUGGUGGGGAGGGGCUUGAGAAUAGGCCAGAAAGGCCGGGGCCUGGUGACUCAUUGGAAUAGAACAUCCUGUUUCUUUUCUAUUUCCCAGUGGAAUCUCUGGGUGGGUUGGGGGGUGUGAGGGGGAAAGGGAGGCAGAUUCACACUGACAGCCACACUAGAUUUCUGGGCCACGGGUCAGUAGGUAUUGCUGAUUUUAUCUCUGCCGUGUCCUUCAAAUCCUCCUUCCCUCUUGCACUCCCGUGUUUGCCCUAGCUUGUCCCUCCAGCCUGGAUCGCUGCCCCUCUCCAGCCCUGCCCUUUCUGAAGCGUCUGUGCAUGGUCUGAGGGAUCUGCUGAAACCCCUCAUCACCCUGGGGGAGAGUCUGUGUCUCUCGGUUGUCUGUUCAAAGCCCCCUGAUCCGGUUCCUACCCCUUGCUCCUUUUGUCCUGUCCAUGCUGCUCCAUCAUUGGCCCCAGGAGACACUUCGUACCUUCCCCUCUCUGGGUCUUUUCUCAAGAAGAAGAAGUCACUCCCUCCCAUAGGCUUCCAGUUUGCUUUUAGUAUUUAUUUUUCUAGUUCUGUUGGAAUCCGAUCACAUUUUCUUCCUCUCCCAAGAUUUACGGCAGAAUUCAGGGGGCCCCUGCCCUCCUAGAUCUGAGAAACGUUGAGGGCUCCCAGACCCCAGCGCAGAACCAGCCAACACAACAGAUGCUCAGGAAAAACUCUCAGAACAUUGUGCUCUCUGGAAAAGUAAAUAUGAUUGGAAUAACCACUGCCAGAAACUUGGGGCUUGUAGGGACACCAAGUAUAGCAGUAGGGCCCCAAGAGGAUUAAGCCUCUGAGCCUCUGGGGUCUUGCUGAGGGAGCUUGGGUUCCCACUCCAUCCCCGGUGUUGGGGGGUUGGAGAAGGGGGAAGCAUUUAACAGAUGGAUAUGUGUGGCCUGCUGGCUUGAACACCCCCUCUCCCUCAUCUCUCUGUGGAUACCCAAGACUCAUAUGGCCUGCCUUUCCUCAGUGUGGCCUGGAGUCUCUGGGAGAGCUCUCUCCUUUCUGUUCUUGGAUGUCUGCCAUCAUUUUUGCCCUUGUUAAUCUAAGGGAAAGUGUGGGAUGUGGUCUAUUUCUGAUCAGUUGCUGAUGGUGCAUAUGGGUGUGUAGCUAAGUGAUUGUUAUAGUUAUCUUGGGGAGUCCUAUGGCAUCUGGGGUCCACGGGCAGUGGCUGUAUGUCACAGGUUGACAAUAGUCGCAAGAAGAAGAGAAUAUACCCAGAAAAAAACCCUUAGUACGAACAUCUCUGAGCUGUGGGCAAACACGUAUGGCUGUCUUGAUCUUUCCAGCUUGCCUGACUCUGCUGCUGCCACUUGUCACAGGACACAAGGCUGUGGGGGGAUGGACGGAACAGGCACUGUGGUGAAGGCAUCUACACUUCGUCCUUCUUUAUGAGAUUGCUGUUUUUGCCCUGGGCUUGAGGCGCCGUGUUGGUCAUUCCACAUGGCAGACUGCCUGUGUGACGUGAAACCCCGAGAGGGCUUCAGAGCAGACCGCGCCUGUCCUCACAACACAAGCCAGGUCCCUCUCACUGUGCCACCAGCCUCCAUUCAAAUACUGAAUGCCUGUUGUGAGAACAGACCAGAAGGCCUGUUUUACUGAUGAAUCAAGGAAGGGCCCCCAAAUCUCAGAAUCAGAUAAGGAAACCCAUACAAGGCGGAAGAUAAGAGGGCUGAGCAAUUGCCCUUUAUUCCAGUUUAAAACUGCUGAAAAGCACACAUCUACCAUAGACGGCCUCCCACUUUUCUGCAUCCACAAAGAACAGGCAAACCAGAAGUCAGAGAACAAAUAACUCAGCUUGAAACCCGAUUCCUCUGGUGCCUUUUACUUCCUGAAUUGGUGAGUUGCUUUUGGUAAUUCAGUCUGAAACCACACACCACAGAUUCUCUGCUCUGGUUGCCCCAGUUAAUAGCAACAAUUCGAGGUGUCCAGCUUCCUGCCACGGGCCCAGCUUGCCCAGCACUGCUCACACAGAGGAAGAGCCCUGAGCUCUUCAUGGAAAAAGGAAGAGUGAGAGUUUGACAGGCUUCAUGGAGUCCCAGUAGUCACUCAUUCUGUGCUUAAGCAUCUCCCUAAAACUGGUACUAAAGAAAAUUCACUGGGGUCUUGGACAGCUUGCAAAAGACCCAGGCUGUGUGACCUCAGGCUGCCCUUUGCCCUCUCUGAGUCUUCGAACUCCGAUCAGUAAAGCCGCAGAAAGAGGUGAUUGCUCCGUGGCCCUGUGGUACCCUGGAAGAGCACUGAGCUAGGAGGGAAAGGAGGGAAGCCUCUCCUUCAGCCAUUUGGUGCUCUUGUUAUCACUACGACUAAUCAGCAGUAGGCUGCAGGCAGGUGGUUUAACUUCUGAUUAUUUGCAUUUUGUCUGAAAUGUAGACAAUAUCACUUGCCAACGUUGCUGGACCAUUACAUGAGCUAAUGCCUGGCUGUGUCUGGCACCCGGAAGCAUUGUUUCUCUCUGUCCUAUUCUUCAUAGUGUGGGUAGAGCCUCCUUUCUGGAAGGAGGGUAGAGCAGGGGGUUAGCAGUAGAAGAGCUGUGACUGAGGGAGAGGACGCAGCUCUCCUGGCGGACUCAGCGGCCGGGCCAGACUCACCCUUCACCCUGAAGGGCUGAGCGGAGAACACAACUGCGACUGCGCAGGGCAGGACCGGCGUGGGUGUGCGUGGGGGUGGGGUGAGUGCAGUCACCGAGGGGGCCGGCGGCAGCUGUGCGGGUCCGGGGCCCACACAAUCGGAGGAAGGAAUUCAGGAAGUGCUCACAGCUCGUCAGACAUCCCGGAGCCUUGUCGGAAGCAGGACAAAGGCUGUAGCACCCAGGGAUGAGUGUGCCGUGGGGUGGCCCGUGGGGUGGCCCCCGGGUCAGAAGGCCAUGGCACCGCGUACAGCCAGCGCUGUCUCUCGGGGAAGCCCGGGGAUUAGCUCUUCUUCCAGGAGCUGCCACUGGAGUUGACCACGGCUCUUGGGAUCCUGGCCAGAGGCUUAGAGAACAGUAACAGAGACCCACUGAGGUCUGACUGGUGCAAUGCGGAGCGCCCAACGGCCUAGUGGGGCCGUGUUGCAGGGCCUCCGACCGGCAUCUGUCUAGGAGCCCACAAGGAGCGCGGCUGGAAGAGCGGGGUGCCUGCUACCACC